AUGUCGGACAAGGGAGACACUUUCGAGUCUGAUGCUGUUGCUUUAGACGCUCCUCCUUUGCCUAAGGAGCAAAGACAAAAGGUGAAAUGGUACAGGUCUACGGGGUAUAACAUUUUAAUCCUUGGACUCUGCAAUUUAGCAGCGCCGGGCAUCUGGGGAGCCAUGAAUUCACUUGGAGCUGGUGGAAGUCAGAGUCCUCAGCUUGUGAACGCGGCCAACGCUUUGACAUUCUGUCUUAUGGUGGUGUCGUGCUAUUUCUCAAGUGUCCUCGUUCGUUAUAUUGGAGUUAAAGGCGCUCUCGUAUUUGGAACAAUGGGAUAUGCUCCAUACGCAGCUGGCCUCUACACCAACAACAGAUUUGGCAUUACCUGGCUCGUGAUUCUGGGAGCAGCACUCUGUGGAAUCUCAGCUGGUGUAUUUUGGGCAGUGGAAGCAGCUAUUGCAAUUGCCUACCCAGAACCAUGGAAUCGUGGAAAGUCUCUGGGUUUCUGGUUGACCUUUCGCGUCAUGGGCCAGAUCAUCGGUGGUGCUGUCAACUUGGGCUUGAACAGUAGCAGAAAUGAAGCCGGAAAAGUGUCCUACGCUGUCUAUCUUGUCUUUAUCGGAAUUCAAGCGGCUGGUGCUCUGGUUGCUCUGCUGCUCAACAGGCCUCAGCACGUUCAGCGCCAGGAUGGCAAGAAGGUCCAGCUGUCCAUCACGGAAAGCCCCUGGUAUGAGAUCAAGGCAACUGGAAAAGCCUUUGUGAAUCCUCAGUUCCUCUUGAUUGUGCUUUGGAUUGGGCAGGCCGUGUUUUCGGAAGCCGUAUACUUUACUUACCUCUCUCUGUGGUUCUCUGUCAGAGCUCGAGCUCUUGGCUCAUUCUUGGGCGGUAUCGUUGCCAUUAUCAUUGGCAACCUCACUGGCUGGUGGCUCGAUCAAAACAAGGUAUCACUGAAGAUCCGCGCAAGAUACACCUUCUGGUUCAUCGUCAUCACUCAAGGCGCAUGGUGGCUUUGGGCCACAGUGAUUUCCACGCGAUAUCGACGCACUCUUCCAACAUAUGACUGGGAAGAUUCCGAAUUCGGAUCCGGUUUUGGCGUCUACAUUUUCCUCACUUUCGGGUUCCAGAUCAACUACCUCUUCCUCUACUUUAUCGUCACCCACAUUGCCAAGGACCAAGGCCAGGUUAUUCGAUAUGCCGCUCUGCUACGUGGCACUGAAUCCGCUUGGCAAGCUGUCAGCUAUGGUCUGACUUCUUUGACAGUUUUUGCUCAGGUCGGUGGAAUUUACAUGAACUUUGCUCUAUGGGCCAUUGCCAUCGCGCCAGCCUGGCUAGUAGUGAGACGUAUUGGCGGCAACAAGGAUGGGCAGUGGGAUCGAGAAUCAGGCGGAUCAAACGAAUCUCCUGCAGUUUUGGCUGAAGAGACUUUUACCCAGACAAAAGCCCACGAGUCGUGA